AUGGGUCGUUCUCAGGAGCUCAGUGAAUUCAAAUGUGGUACCAUGAUAGGUUGCCACCUGUGCAAUAAGUCCAUCCGUGAAAUUUCCUUGCUACAAAAUAUUCCACGGUCAAUUGUUAGUGGUAUUCUAACAAAGUGGAAGAAACUAGGAACAACAGCACCCAUGCUGAAGCGCACAGUGCGCAGAAGUCGCCAACUGUCUGUAGAGUCAAUAACUAAAGACCUCCAAACUUCAUGUGGCCUUCAGAUUAGCACAACAACAGUGCGUAGAAAGCUUCAU